GUUGGCUACGAAGUCAUCAGCAAACAAACAUACAAUCUUCUCAGAGCAACAUAUUUAGUUACUAGCUAGAAGCUAAUUAAAGGAAUUCCAACCAGGUUUUCGAAAAUGGAAUCCAAGAACACUGCUUCAUUAACCCUUCUUCUCUCACUCAACCUUCUCUUCUUUGCUGUGGUCAGUGCCACUGACUCUGUCCCUAAUUUACCUGGUUCCGCAACUUCGUCUUAUUAUCCUGGAGGCAAAUGUGAUCUGUUGAAGUUAGGAGUAUGUGCCAAUGUGCUUAACUUGGUCGAUGUCGUUGUUGGAUCCCCUCCAACGCUGCCGUGCUGCAGUCUCAUCGAAGGACUUGUCGAUCUUGAAGCUGCUCUUUGUCUAUGUACUGCCAUUAGAGCCAACAUUCUGGGAAUUGACUUGAAUAUUCCUAUCGCACUCAGCUUGGUUCUUAACAACUGCGGCAAACAAGUUCCAAGUGGUUUUGAAUGUUACUAGGAUAUCUUCAUGGUGGUUCGCGCGACAUACGCAUGUCUAAUUUAUCAAAUUCUUAAUUUAUUUUUUAAACGACGUUUACAGUUUGUAAACGAAAUGUAUUGUGUGUUUCCCAUUAAAGGCAUCUCGUCAAUCCCCUUGGUUUGGGUCUGUGAGGCCUUUGGUCUAAGUUUCGGUAUCAAUGAAAAUUAUAUUCAUAAUC